AAUGGGGGCUCUACAAUUGAAACCUUCCCCAGUGUUUCCUCCAGCACUAUGAAGCCUACCACUCCUGCAUCAAGGGAACCUUGGGACAGCUACCGGCUUCCAAAGACUCUGAUACCUGACCAUUAUGAUGUUGAUCUCAGACCGGUCUUGGAGAAGAACAAUCGGGGACUCUAUGUCUUUCACGGAAAAAGUGUUGCACACUUCAGAUGUGAGAAUUCCACUACUCUUGUUAUUAUUCACAGCAAAAAACUUAAUUAUACCAAAAAUGUGGUACUCCAGGAUGAUACAGAUAGAGACGUCACCAUAAAUCGAGAACAGCUAGUGGAGAAGACCAAUUACUUGGUGCUGCAUCUUGCUGAGAGUCUGCAAAGCGGUAAAACGUAUAGGCUUCACACAGAAUUUAUUGGAGAAUUGGCAGAUGAUCUGGCAGGAUUCUACCGCAGUGAAUAUGUGGAAGAUGGUGUAACCAAACUCAUCGCCACAACGCAAAUGCAAGCACAUGACGCAAGGAAGGCAUUCCCAUGCUUUGAUGAGCCAGCAAUGAAAGCAACUUUCAGCAUCACCCUCAGAUACCAGCCCAACUAUGUGGCACUCUCCAAUAUGAAUCCCAUCAGUGUUACAAAUGAAACGUGGGAAGGACAGCAAUGGCAGGUCACAGUAUUUAAUAAAACUCCAAAGAUGUCCACCUACCUGGUGGCCUUCAUAGUCUCAGAGUUCAGAUCGGUUGGUGAUGAGAAGGUUAAAAUUUGGGGACGGAAAAAAUCUGUUGAAGAUCGAAAGCAAGCAGAAUAUGCGUUGAAUGUUUCAAAGCCGAUUCUGGAAUUUUUUGAGAAAUAUUACAGGGUUCCUUACCCUCUGCCAAAAUCAGACCAGGUCGCUUUGCCUGACUUCAGUGCUGGAGCCAUGGAGAACUGGGGGCUGGUGACCUACAGAGAAACUGCUCUCUUCUGGGACCAAAUGGAAUCUUCGAUCGGUAACAAGGACAGAGUGGUCACAGUCAUAGCUCAUGAACUUGCUCAUCAGUGGUUUGGGAACCUUGUAACAAUACAAUGGUGGAAUGACCUUUGGCUGAAUGAAGGUUUUGCCUCUUACGUGGAAUAUUUGGGAGCGGAUUUUGCAGAACCCACCUGGAAUAUAAAAGACCUGAUAGUACUCUAUGAUGUACACAGAGUUAUGGCAGUUGAUGCCUUGGCCUCUCCCAUCCUCUUACAUCAAAGGAAGAAGAAGUGAACACCCCAUCAGAAAUAAGUGAACUUUUUGAUUCCAUUGCUUAUAGCAAGGGUGCAUCAGUUAUUAGAAUGUUGUCCUCAUUUCUCACUGAAGAGCUUUUUGUUGAAGGAUUGGCUAGCUAUUUGGAAGAUUUCAAAUAUGCCAAUACAAUAUAUACUGACCUAUGGGAUCCUGCAGAUGGCUGUAGAUAAACAAUACAAAGUAACACUUCCUGAUUCUGUUAGAAACAUCAUGGACACCUGGGUCUUGCAGAUGGGGUUCCCGGUGGUAACAGUAGACACAGCAACAGGUUCUUUAGACCAGAAGCACUUCCUUCUAGAUCCAGAAUCAGUCGUCACUCGUCAAUCACCGUUUAACUACACCUGGAAGGUACCUAUUUCAUAUCUUAAAGGUGGUGGACAAAGAGGAAAUAUGUGGCUUCAACAGCGUUUAGACAGAAAUGAUGUAUUUAGGGUAUCUGGAAAUGACUGGAUUCUCGUCAACCUUGAUGUCACCGGAUACUACAGGGUUAACUAUGAUGACAGAAACUGGGAUAGACUUCUCCAUCAGCUGAACAAUGACAUAUCAGCAAUUCCUCUCAUCAACAAACCGUGCUCAGAUCAUCGAUGAUGCCUUUAAUUUAGCCAGAGCUAAACACUUAAGCACAACAAGAGCCCUUGACACCACCAAAUUUCUAUCCAAAGAGGUUGAGUACAUGCCUUGGCAGGCAGCCCUGAACAGUCUCAGCUACUUUUUUUUUACAGAUGUUUGAUCGUUCUGAGGUGCACGGACCAAUGAAGGCCUACAUGAGACAGCAAGUUGCACCAUUAUUUUUGUACUUUAAGAACAAGACGAAUAACUUUACUGAAAGAAUGCCAACUUUAACAGAGCAAUACACUGAAAUAAUCGCAGUCAGCACAGCCUGUGCAUAUGGAAUCACAGAAUGUAGAGAACUAGCAACUCUGCAAUUCAGAGAUUGGAUGGAAACAAAUGUGAAUAAAAUUCAUCCAAACCUGAGAUACACUAUUUACUGCAAUGCAAUAGCAAGAGGAGGAGAAGAGGAGUGGAACUUUGCGUGGCAAGAAUUUAAAAGGACAGAUAAUGCGCAGGAAGCAGAUAAACUGAGAACAAGUCUGGCCUGUAGCAAGGAACCCUGGAUCCUUAACAGACUGUUAGACUAUGCAACGGAUUCCACAAAAAUUCGUAGACAAGACUCUAUUUCCACAAUUCUAAAUGUUGCCGGUAAUUUGGUUGGUCAGAGUCUUGCCUGGGACUUUGUCAGAGGCCACUGGAAGACAUUCCGUGAAAAGUUUGGAAGCUCUUCAUUCUCUUUUGGUUACCUGAUUUCAGGAGUUACUAGAAGGUUUUCAACUGAUUUUGACAUGCAGCAGUUUGAACAAUUUAAAAAGGAUAAUGAAGCAGUUGGCUUUGGCUCAGCUACACGAGCUCUGGAGCAAGCAAUAGAGAAGACCAAGGCAAACAUCAAGUGGGUAAAUGAAAACAAAAAGCUUGUUAAGGAGUGGUUUGAAGGAGCAGUAGUAAAGCCAUAA